AGUAUUUUUAUCUUAUUUGGGCUGGAUAUUGCCAAAGUUUCCUGGUAUACAUGGCACUAAGUCCUCAGUACUCACUCCUUCCUUGUGAAAUAUGUUGCUGAAAGAUGGUCUGUCAAAAUUCAACUAAGUGGACUCCAUUUAUUUAACGUUUGAAUCCAAAAUGCUUCAAAAUUUGAGUCUCAGUUCAGCCCCCCCAUGGGUGUAUACAUAAUGGAUGGACGGGAAAAGCUGCUGAGUGUCAACAACUAAUAUGAUAUACACACUGCACAGGAGGCAGUUAAGUCAGGGGUGAAAUUGUGGGGUCAAUGCUGGAUUUUUGUCCCCCACCAACUUAAUCCAGUCAUGGUCUGUCACGCUGACUGUUGGUCACUGCAUAAACUCAGCAGCAGGGUGUAAAUAUAGUAACAGGUGUCAGAUCCCCGACCCCAGAGCCAUGUAGUCAAACAGCUGAAACGCUGAGGUCCGCAGUUCAGGUGAAGCUACAUCUUUUCCUGCAGAAUUAUCAAGACACUUUUCUAAGACAGACAAUAAUCUUGUGGGUAAGGCACCUUUGUGUAUUUGCAGUCAGACAGCCUCCGCUGUCUGACUCAUGAUUGAUAGAACCCAUGUAGCCUCAUGGCUCUGGAUUCUGUCACAGGUCAGAGACCUUUCUUCCUCCUCCCAUCUGCAGCAACAACAGACCCUCUUUUAAUCUGCUUGGACGUCAUGGCCGAGUAGAGGGAACCAAAACAACAACAACAACAACUCGACACAAAACCAGAAGGUAAAAAAAACCAAGUGACCUCAUCUGUCUGCACAGGAACCUUCACCCAUUGUCAAUCGUCUUUGAAAAGGUGUUUAUGUUUUAUUAGUUCCUUUGUUUUUACUAAUGUGCCUAGUACAGAUAUAUUUUUGUGUUUGCAAAUUACAACAACAGCUUGGUUAAGGCUAUGAAACUUAUGAUUACAUAGUGGGACAGCCAGUGUGACUGCUCAUCUGAUAGAGGAUAUGAACCCAGGCCUCACAUUACACCUGCCUCCUUGGUCUCCACCAAGAAGGCUAUCACCUUUUAUUGCACUAUAUGUAUGUACGUCAUACUUUGUUUCUAUGUUUUCCUGAUUCCUUAGUGCCAGUGAAAAAACUUAUUGCCACUGUAUACAAUCACCUUUUGGCAAGCAAACUGUAUAGCACUUCUCUAAAUAAAGUCAUACAGUAUUUUACAGAGGAAAACAAAGAGUAUAAAAUAAAGAAGAUACUAUAUAAAAGAGAUUAAAAGAUUUACUCACUAUAUAGAGACAGAAAUGGUCUGACAUGAAGUAGGCUGGUGUAUCAGCAUACAUACAAACCAAUUUAAAGUAAAAAGUUUGACACCACUUCACAUACACUGAGCUAAGGCGACUCAAACUACACAGUAAGCUUGCAUUCAAUAUGGCUACUCUGCUUCUCACGCCCCCUCACAGCCACAGCCCAAAGCACUGCAAACACAGACAAGAAAACAUGGUUGGAUGAAAAGAAGAUGUACAAUAUAGUGAUAAGCCUGUGAAAAGCAGCAGCUGGCUUUUCUAGUAGUUUCUCUCUUGCAUGAAAAGUUGACAAAAUGUACAAGAUAAAAUAAGUAACAUCUACCUUGUUGAUGCUAGACCACAGUUCCCUUGGAGACAUAUAGUACAUACUAUGACUGGACUCUACAUAUAAAAUUAGGGUGGGCUAAUAUUGUGCCAAAAAAAAGACUGCAUGCUGCUAUUAGUUACAAUGCAGCUUUACAUCAACAAGGUUUUGCCAGUUUGAUGCAGAAGAACUUUACACAAAGCCGUGACCCAAAGCCCAUCCAGCACCUUUGGGAUGAGCUGAAUUCUGAUACUGACUGUUAGUCUGGACACACAACACCAGUGCUGGACCUCAGCAAGGCUGAAAAUCCAGCAGCCAGGUUCCAAAAUCUGGUGGAAAACCUGAAAUCAGGAGAGUGAUGGGAGAGUUACAGAAGCACAACCACAGGUUAAACCAUCAGACAUGGCUGAAACGCUCAGGUGUCCACAUACUUAUGGCCACAUCUGAUGUGCCGAAUAAGCAAAAUGAAAUAAUGUCUUUACAACUUCUUCCCCUUUCUGAACACGGCCAGGACCCUUAUUGCGGGACAACAUGGAGUUUCAGCGAUUUGGGACAGAGGAGGAGGAUGAUGAAAAUGAUGCAGCUAUUCAGUACAUGAUUGCACAGAGUCUGAUGGAGAGCAGCAAACAGAAGGAACUACACAAAGACACCAAGACACGAGACGGCAGAAGCUCUGGGCCUGAUGCUGCAGACAGCAGCAUGAUCUUCACUGCUGUAAGACAAGGUAACGAGAAGCUCCUGAAGCAUCUGAGUGUGAAACAGAAAGACAGGUUUUCACAGGCUGACAGCAGAGGUUGGAUCCCUCUCCAUGAAGCAGCAGCUCAGAGCAACCAAACCAUCCUGGAGCUCACAUACAAAGCUUCAGGCCCGGACUCUCUGGAGCGCUGUACCCUUCGUGGACAGACGCCUCUCUUCCUGGCUGUAGAACGGGGUCUGAUGGAAAACGUCUCCUUCCUCCUCAAACACGGAGCCCAGCCGGACAGCCAGGACCAUGACCAGGAUGCACCUCUGUUUGUAGCAAUCCGUUCAGAACACACUGACCUGGUGAAGCUGCUGCUCCUGCAGGGCUCCAGGGUGAACCAGCAGGGCUGCAAUGGCCGCUGUCCACUUCAUGAGGCCUCACGUCUGGGCAACGCAGCCCUGGUGAGUCUGCUGCUGGAGGCCAGAGCUCAGCCGGACCCUCGCAGCCACUACGGUCUCACGCCGCUGGCACUCGCUGCUCAGGGAGGACACCUAGAGGUGGUGGAGACUCUGCUGAAGAGAGAGGCCAAUGUCCUGUCCCAGGCGCAGGAUGAAGCAUCUAUCUUGUAUGAGGCAUGUGUAGCCGGAGAUCCAUCCGUCAUCAGUCUGCUGCUGGAAUACGGCGCCGAUGCCAACGCCGCCAACCACACUGGACACAUGCCAAUCCACCGUGUCGCACACAGAGGGCACCUGGACGCUCUGAAGCUGCUGAUUCCAGUAACUUCUAUGGAAGAUGUAGACGACAGCGGGAUGAGUCCUCUACACUCUGCUGCUGCAGGAGGACACACACACUGCAUCAAGGCCUUGCUGGAUGCAGGUUAUGACCCCAACUACAUGCUCCAUCCCUGGGUUCGUCGUAGCUAUGAUGACGAGAGGAAGUCGGCGCUGUUCUUUGCUGUCUCCAAUAACGACAUACCAUCAGCCAAACUGCUGCUGGAGGCUGGAGCCAUGCCCAACCAAGACCCAGUCAAAUGUCUACAGGUUGCACUACAUCAGGGCAAUUAUGAGUUGAUCAACCUGUUGCUGAGGUUUGGAGCCAACGUCAACUACUACAGCAGAAUUAAUACAACCCACUUCCCCUCAGCUCUGCAGUACGCUCUCAAAGACGAGGUGGUACUUAGGAUGCUGUGUAACUAUGGUUAUGAUGUACAGCGCUGCUUCAACUGUCCCUACGGCAACAACUCUCACAUCCCUGAAAACUACGAGGGAUGGACUGACAGUGUGAUCAAAGACGCUAUGUUCUGUGAGGUGAUCACCGUCUCCUGGCUGAAGCACCUCUCAGGAUAUGUUGUUCGCAUCCUGUUGGACUACGUGGAUCAUGUGACUUUGUGCGCCAAGCUGAAGGCGGCUGUGAUGGAGCAGCAGCAGUGGCCAGACAUCUGCAGGCUGCAAGAAAACGUUCGCUGUCUGCAGCAUCUCUGUCGACUGCGGAUCCGUCGUUGUCUCGGUCGCCUUCGUCUACGAUCACCCGUCUUCAUGAGCUUCCUGCCGUUGCCGGGGCAACUGAAGGACUACAUCCUGUACCGGGAGUAUGACCUGUACAGCCGGCAGAGCAGCAGGCUGGGAGACUCAGGAGUGAGCAGAGAAUCCCAAGAAAGGAGUUAAAUAUGAACACAAUGUCUGCAGAU